AUGAUAUCAAUGGGCAAACACAAUCUCACAGUGCUCAAGGAUUUUAUCCUCCUGGGAAUCACAGACCGCCCUGAGCUGCAGGCUCCCCUAUUUGUGCUCUUCCUCAUUAUCUACAUGAUCUCACUCGUGGGCAACCUGGGCAUGGUCAUCCUAACCAAAGUGGACUCCAGAUUGCAAACACCCAUGUACUUCUUCCUCAGACAUCUGGCGAUCACUGAUAUUGGCUACUCUACAGCAGUGGGCCCUAAAAUGUUGGUAAAUUUCCUUGUGGAGCAAAAUACAAUUUCCUUUUAUUUGUGUGCCACACAGAUGGCUUUCUUUAUCAUGUUUAUUAUAAAUGAACUUUUUGUUCUGGCGUCAAUGUCUUAUGAUCGCUAUGUGGCCAUCUGCAACCCUCUACUCUACACAAUUAUCAUGUCCCAAAGGGUGUGUCUGGUUCUGGUGGCAAUUCCGUAUGUUUACAGCACAUGUGUUUCUCUUCUGAUCACCAUAAAACUUUUUAAUUUAUCUUUUUGUAAUUAUAAUGUUGUCAAUCAUUUCUACUGUGAUAAUUUGCCUGUGUUAUCUCUGGUCUGUUCAAAUACACAAGAAGUUGAAUUUCUAAUAAUGAUAUUCUCUGCUUUUAAUUUGAUUUUCACCCUUCUGGUGGUUGUUGUCUCCUAUUUUCUCAUCCUACUUGCCAUCCUCAGGAUGAAGUCUGCUGAGGGGCGACGAAAAGCUUUUUCCACUUGUGGAUCCCACCUGACAGUGGUCACUGUGUUCUAUGGGACUUUGACAUUUAUGUAUGUGAAGCCCAAGUCCAGCCAUUCCUUUGAUACUGAUAAAAUGGCAUCUAUAUUUUAUACUCUGAUUAUACCCAUGCUGAAUCCCUUAAUCUAUAGUUUGAGGAACAAGGAUGUAAAAGCUGCCCUGCAAAAGAUGUGGAAAAAAGCAUACAGUGUAUUUCGUUAA